GUUGCUUCCUUCUCCUCUCGCUCCCUCCCCGCCUCUCCCUGAGGGAGCGGUGGGAGGGGGAGGGAAGGGCAGAGGGAAGGUAGUGACACGUGUCAAUCAACCCCCCUCCGGGGGGCGCGCGCUCCGGGGCUCGCGCUGAGGGCUCGCGCCCCUGCCUCGUGCCUGCGCCGCUCGUAUGUAAAUGAGGGCGCGUGACGCGGGACGCAGAUGGACAAGGGAAGAGAGAGAAUGGCCGCUGCCGCCGCCGCUGCUGCCGCCGCCGCCGCUGCUCAGUGCCGGAGCCCUCGGUGCGCGGCGGAGAGGAGAGGAUUCCGGCGGGAACUCGACUCUUGGCGCCACCGUCUCAUGCACUGUGUAGGUUUUGAGAGUAUUUUAGAAGGGCUUUAUGGACCACGGCUACGAAGAGACCUCAGUUUAUUUGAAGACUGUGAACCAGAAGAGCUGACUGACUGGUCUAUGGAUGAAAAAUGUUCAUUUUGUAAUCUACAGAGAGAAGCAGUCAGUGAUUGUAUACCAUCUCUUGAUUCUUCACAGUCAACACCAACAGAGGAGCUAUCAUCUCAGGGCCAGUCCAACACUGAUAAGAUUGAAUGCCAAGCAGAAAAUUACCUAAAUGCACUCUUUCGAAAGAAAGAUCUCCCUCAGAACUGUGAUCCUAACAUUCCCCUAGUUGCUCAGGAAUUAAUGAAAAAGAUGAUACGUCAGUUUGCAAUUGAGUACAUUUCAAAAAGUGGUAAAAUUCAAGAGAAUAGAAAUGGUUCAAUUGGACCAAGUCUAAUAUGUAAAAGUAUCCACAUGAAUCAAGCUGAAAACUCCCUUCAGGAAGAACAGGAAGGCCCCUUAGACCUCACUGUGAAUCGAAUGCAAGAACAAAAUACUCAGCAAGGGGAUGGAGUGUUAGAUCUCUCUACAAAGAAAACCAGCAUAAAAUCUGAAGAGUCAUCCAUAAGUGAUCCUUCUUCUGAAAAUUCAAUGGCUGGUUCAACUGUUGAUGCAAAAUCAGAGGAAGCUACUAAAAUGGAAAAAGAAAAAUCAGCAUUAAGCAAAGUUUUGGAAUCUUUGUGCAUACAUCACCAGCAACAAGUUUUGGCUAUGUUGAAAUGUAUAGUCCAAGAGCAGAGUACUGCUUCUCUUUUUUGUUGUAAUGCAUCAUGUUCUGUGUCUUCAGAAUCUCAAAAGCCCCUAAUUGAAGAUGAUAUACAUAGUCUGUUCUGUAGUUGUGAAUACAGACUGGCAGAAAGAGGGUGCUUACAAAAUGAAAGACAGAGCCCUGGUUUAGGGCCUCUGCCAGUCUGUAUUAAAGAUUUACAUUGUUUAUCUUGCCAAACUGUAACUGUUGAACAUAUUAAGACAGUAGUGAAUAGAGAAAUCGCAAAUGGUUAUAAUUCUCACAGGUGCUGUUCUGGACCACUACCAAACGUUCACUCUACAAAAUCCACCUUUCAUAGUCCUCUUUUGUCAAGGGAAUUGUGUGAUCUUUCAGUAAGUCUUAAAGAUCUUUGUAGAUCUCGAAGCCCCUCACCCCCACCAUUGUCACCUGUACAGACUGAAGGAACUGAAAAGUUAAAGGAUGUCAUCUCAGAGCUUUCAGGCUUAGAAAAUAACAAACUUGAAACAAAUAUUAACCAGCCUCCAUCUCUCACACCAGCAGAAAUAAGCAUCAACAAGUGUGAUCAUGAAGGUAAAAUAUAUAAAACUAAAAAAAUAAGUAACUCUGAUUUUUUGCUCUUGGAUGACAGCAAUAAUUGUACCAAAAAUCAUGAAAAAGGUGAAUCUGGUUUCAUUUUUCAAGAUUUAAUGGAUCGCAUUAAUGAAAAAUUAAAAUCAAUAGAAACCACAGAUACAACAAACCUUAUAAAAUUAUCUAGCAGUGAUUGUAAUGCAGAUUACGAUUUCAAGUUGGGAGAUUUAAUAACCUCUCUCUUGCAUAAUGCAAAGGCCAGUGAUUACAGUUUUAUGGAAUUACUGAGUCAACAUGAUGAAAAUGUAGAAAAUAAAAUUAUUCAGACAAGAUUUCGAAAGCGUCAAGAAACCUUAUUUGCAAUGCACAGUUCUCCUGACUCACCCAUGUUUAGAAGGCAGUCUUUACAGAUAAAAAGAGAACUUGCCAGUCUUGAUGAAAGUUUUAUUAGAAAAAAAUACAGUGAAAAAAAUUCAAGGAAAUUGAUGCACAGUGAUGAGAUAUUUUCAUCGGACAAAGAAGAAUUCUGCCAUUGCCAGGGGCCUUGUUUACAAAAUUCUAAAAGCUUUGAAGUUAAAAAUCAUGCAGAAACAUCAUUUUCACCAAAUUAUGCAUUACAUUCAUUGCAACUACCUCUUCGCAGUUUAGAAACUAACUCGGCUUUUGAUGCAUUUUCAGAAAGCUUUAAAGCAACUUCACCUGAGAAAAUGAACAUAAGAAAGUCACAAGAGAAAUCUGCAACUGGAAAAAUGAUUGUGCAAAAUCAUUGGGAGAAUCCAAAAUUAGAGACUUUUCAAACUCCUUUGAGAAGUGAUGUUCCUGAACCUCUAAACAGAAAUAAACGAAAUAUUGUGCCUCCAGGGUGGUAUUCUAUAUAUGUAACAAAUAAUUACGUUUUCAAAAAAUCUCCUAAGGCCAAAAGAGUAUCUGAAUCCACAAAAAAAAAAGAACUUGUGAAAAAUAUUCAGAUUGAAAGCUCACACAAUAUAGACCUAAACAAAAUUGCAAUGAGUUCUAAUUUGCAAGUUGUUGUGGAACGUUUGGAAGAUACAAUAAAUAUGGCCAAAAAGUCUUGGAAUAAUCAGUCAUUAUCAGAAGGAUAUAAAGCAUCUAAGAAAGUGAUAGAAGUUGAUGGUAAAGACCAAAAUUCUGGGAGAAAUAUGAAUCUUAAUCUAAGUAGAGUGGCAUGCAAAGAGCAGAGUUUAACAAAGUCUCUGGUAACAUCCAACAAUAUUAUCAAAAGUCAUUGUAUGCCUACAGUAGAUUUAAAUAACAAAAGACUUGAUAAUCUGAAAAAGUCUACUUCAGAUAUGGGUAGCUUGAUUUCCAAUGCUGAAAAUGUAUCAAAAAAAUAUGAAGGUGUGGAAAGCUCUUCAGUACCCAACUAUUCUAGUCCUAUUAAACUCAUGUUUUUAUCUGAGGUUAAAAGCAAUGAAGGAGUCAAAUAUACUUUAACUUCAGUUGAUACAUCUCAAUCAAAUGCUGGCGUUCCUUCUGAAAAACGUGUAACACAUCGUGGAAUUGGGAAAAAAAGAGAAACAAAUGAGGAUACCCCAAAUGCUAAGUAUGAAAAUUAUGGUUCUAACCAUUAUGAUAAUGACACUCUUCAAAGAGAAUUAAACAAAUUUAAUUGUACAAAAGAAGCUGCAGAAUCUUCUGAAAUGUUUGUUAAUGAUAUAAAAAGUGAUAAGCCACAAGAAGAAUGUAAGGAAAAUUCAAGUGGUAUUAUUGAUUCAUCUUUUAAAAGAAAACCAGGUAGACCUAAAAAAAUAGGUCCCCAAGUUGUGAAACAGGUUAAGCGACCAAUUGGAAGACCACCAAAGCCUAAAAUUGAUCAAACAGACAUCACCAUUUGCCAAAAUGAGUCCUUUAAUACUGAAAGAAAGAGCUCAGAAUCUCUCAUAUCAGAAGUAAAGGAAGGUAUUUACAAAAAGAGUAUUACAGUAACUGUUAUUUAUGGCAGAUCAAGAAGAACUAAAAGACAUGUUUCUGAAGGAAAUGCAAACAAAAGCAAUAUUAGGUCUUUAAAUAAUGUUGCUGAGUUUCCAACUGAAUAUAAUAGUCUCAGAAAUAUUAGAGAACAUGAAAUUGACUUAAGUGAAAGGGUAAGUGCUAUGUCAAGUUUGACUACUGAAAGUGAGAUCUUGGAGUCAGGCUUUGAAUAUGUUAGACCUAUCAAAAACAAGUCUGUGAUACCUCAGCCUUCCAAGAACAUUAUUCGACCAAAUCAAAAGCCAUUGGCAAUAAUUAGAAAGCCUGGUAGGCCUGCAAAAGUGAAAAUCUCUGGCAUCUCUGUGACUAUUAAUAGAAUUUCACCUCAGGAAAGAGAAGUAAGUAUUAGCAGCUGCUUACCUCCUUUAGAAAAGGAGACUAUGUUAGAAAAAGCUCUGCCUGAAGAAAAGUUUGAUCAACAAUGCAGUAAGAUGGAUAACGUAAGGCACACUGCAGUUGACACGUGUAAGAAUGGAUCAAAAAGUAUGGUUGCUGCAGUACCUUUGAGACAUUCUAUUAGGGACAGAAAACCAUCUCUACAUUUCUUACAUUCAUUAGCAUCUUCUAGUUCACUUUUUUAUAGAAAUGCUGUACUUCAUAAGUCAUACAAGCUCCAUUUGCAGAAAGGUAAAAGUCAGAAGAAAAAACAUAGGCAGUCAAGGAUAAAAAUAGCUUCAAAAGAUACCCCAGGAACUAGAUAUUCAAGGAAUGCAAAAAAGUGUUUGGACGAUAACAAUUUAGUGUCCACUUCAGAAGUCUCCUUGGACCCUAUAAUUUCAUCAAACCCUUUGCUCAGGUGGUGGGCUACAUCUACUUCCAAUGAUUCCUUAUUAGAGGAAUUAAACAACAGAUUUGAGCAAAUAGCAAAUGCUUGGGUACAAGUGAGUGGAGAUGAAGCUGAAAACUGUGUUCAUAAAAAAAGACAACAUGCUGAAAAUGAUAAUUUCAAAAUAGCAAAACCUCUGGAAACAUGUCUGUUAGAACUUGAAGUUUCACCUGUAAAAAUGCUUUUUCAGAAAAAAUAUGAUUUGAAUGAACUCUCUACCUGGUUUAUGCAAACAACAGAAACACAAUCUCUUUCACUAGUUAGGAAAGCAAAUGCUCGAAACCCUUUGGAAGUAAUAAAUACCAGGGGAAUUAAAUUAGGUACCAAAUAUUCUGAUUUUAAUAACAGCCCCUUUAGAAAGCACUUUAAAAAAUUUGCACUCUCUUCUCCCUCAAAGUCAGCAGGGAAGUUGCAUAUACUACAUAAAAUGGUUAGCUCUCCGCUCUUGAAUAUUAAGAGUAAUUUAACACUAGCUAGAUUAAAAAGAACUGAGUUUAAGGGGUUACACCAUGAGAGGUGGAGAAGAGAGGGUAAGCUGCACAGCCAUGGAACAGUUGAUUGGAACUCUAAAAGGAGGAACUUAAGAUUUUUCUGCCAGAAUCAGUUUUUAAGUAAGACUGGGGGGAGGACAAAUACUGACAUCCCACUUGAAGGGGAAAAUGCAGUAGAUAAUUCGUGUAUUGUGCCACCUGAGAUCAGGGAUGACUUUUUGCAGCAGCAGAUGGCAAUCCCUGACCUUAAAACACAUUCUAAUAUAGAGAGUAAAUUUAAGUCAGAAGCAAAGGAGACUGGAACAGAUUGCAGCCAAAAAGAUUUUGAAAGGGAACCAAGACCAGGAAGUGUAUGCUCAAAUAAUUGGAGGUCAAAAACUUUAAAAGAUUGUAGGAUAUUUUUGAGGAAGAUCAACUAUCUUGAGCACAGAAACACUUUUAAACUAAAUACAGUCAUUUAUUCUCCUGAAUCUAUUGACAGUGGAAGUAAUCAUCAGACUCAUUUAGAAGAAUCAAAGCGCUUUACUUUAAGGUCCCAUUCUGCUAGGCAGAAUUCUUUUAAAAAGCAAACUAAAGAAAUAGAAAAUACUAAAGCAAAUAGUCCUUCAAAUGAUAAAUUCACUGACCAGCUUGACAAUAGUAAAUUAAGUAAAUUUGUUAGCUUUGACAAGAAUCCUCCUGAUAGUUCUGAAGUUAUUAGCAAAUUGAACAAAAGAAAAAGACCACCUUGGAAGACCACAGAAAUUUCAACAAAAAGACAUAAACGACAGUCUUGCAACAGUGGACAAAUGGCAAACUAUUUUUCAAAAUCCCAACUAGCUUGCUACAAAUGAAAACUGAUGAGAAACUGAAUUUGUCUGAUGGGACUACAGCAAGUUGCCCUUUGAGCCCCAUUAAGAUGUGCCUUAAUCGUCCCAUUGAAUGGAAUCUGAAUUUGACAGCAACAUCUCUCACAAGCUGUACAGUU